AUGCAACAGAGUAUGCUAGCAGACAUGCAACAGAGUAUGCUAGCAGACAUGCAGCAGAGUAUGCUAGCAGACAUGCAGCAGAGUAUGCUAGCAGACAUGCAACAGAGUAUGCUAGCAGACAUGCAGCAGAGUAUGCUAGCAGACAUGCAGCAGAGUAUGCUAGCAGACAUGCAACAGAUCCCCAGACUGGAGUCCCAGACUGGAAUCCCCGACUGGAGUCCCCAGACUGGAGUCCCCAGUUGCAGUCCCCGCCUGGAGUCCCCAGACUGGAGUCCCAGACUGGAGUCCCAGACUGGAGUCCCCGCCUGGAGUCCCCGCCUGGAGUCCCCGCCUGGAGUCCCCGACUGGAGUCCCCAGACUGGAGUCCCAGACUGGAGUCCCCAGACUGGAGUCCCAGACUGGAGUCCCAGACUGGAGUCCCCAGACUGGAGUCCCCAGACUGGAGUCCCAGACUGGAGUCCCAGACUGGAGUCCCAGACUGGAGUCCCCAGACUGGAGUCCCAGACUGGAGUCCCAGACUGGAGUCCCCAGACUGGAGUCCCAGACUGGAGUCCCAGACUGGAGUCCCCAGACUGGAGUCCCCUAACUCCUGAAGGUCAAAAAUGA